AUGGCUUUACCGCCCUGCAUGGAUCUCAAACCAACUGGAGGUACUGGAAGCAUCUCCAAGGAAUCCCAGGAAGAUUUAAAUAAUUGUCAUGUCUUGCUUGUUGACUCCCAAAUUUCUUCUGGUGCUGCGUUCACAAUGGCAGUCGCUAUUUUGACGGAUCAUGGAAUCAAGCAAGAAAACAUUAGUUGUGUCAGUUAUAUCGCAUCUGAAAUCGGUCUUCGGCGAUUGUCCUAUGCGCACCCCAAAGUGAAAAUAGUUGUGGGCAAAGUGGAAAAAGAUGUCAAAAACCACUACAUUGAUAGUCUUUACUAUAGAACUUGA